AUGAAGUCCGCGGCUCUCUUGGGAGCCAUUCUUGCCGUCGCCGUUGAUGCGGUGCCAACCGUGGACGAGCUCUAUCCUUAUACGGGACCUAAAGUGCCAGUUGGUGACUGGAUUGACCCCACGGUAAAGGGAAAUGGGAAAGGAUUUGUACGACUGGUCGAGCCACCGGCUGUGAAGUCAGCGUCUGCCAAUCCGACCAACAACGUCAAUGUGAUUUCGGUCUCAUACAUCCCCAAUGGCAUCAACAUUCAUUAUCAGACGCCGUUUGGAUUGGGAGAGGCCCCUUCCGUCGUCUGGGGACUCAGUGCAUCUGAACUCAGCAAUACGGCUACUGGGAAAUCUGUGACAUACGGCCGUACCCCUCCUUGCUCUUUCGCUGUGACUACCCAGUGCAGCGAGUUCUUCCACGAUGUCCAGAUCGCCAACCUGAAGGCUGGUACUACCUACUACUACCAGAUCCCGGCAGCUAAUGGCACCACUGCAUCUGACGUUCUGUCUUUCAAGACGGCGCAGGAGGCGGGAGACUCCUCCGAGUUCACCAUUGCAGUUGUUAAUGAUAUGGGUUACACCAAUGCUGGCGGGACUUACAAGUACCUCAACGAAGCUGUCAGCGACGGCGCCGCCUUCAUUUGGCACGGAGGCGACAUCAGUUAUGCCGAUGACUGGUACUCAGGCAUCCUUCCUUGCGAGAGCGACUGGCCGGUCUGCUACAAUGGCACCUCGACUCAGCUUCCUGGAGGUGGCGAUGUUCCGAAGGAGUACGAUACGCCUCUUCCCAAGGGAGAAGUUGCCAACCAGGGUGGCCCACAGGGCGGAGAUAUGAGUGUGUUGUACGAGUCCAACUGGGACUUGUGGCAGCAAUGGAUGAACUCUGUGACUCUCAAGGCUCCUUACAUGGUGCUGCCCGGUAACCACGACGCCAGCUGCGCCGAAUUCGAUGGCCCCGGAAACGUUCUCACAGCUUACCUAAACAAGGGCCAGCCUAAUGGAACUGCAGCCAAGUCUUCACUCACCUAUUACAGCUGCCCUCCUUCUCAAAGGUACGUCUCAAGGAACUUCACUGCGUUCCAGAACCGCUUUCGCAUGCCCGGAGCUGAGACUGGAGGUGUUGGUAACUUCUGGUACUCGUUCGACUAUGGCCUGGCGCAUUUCGUGUCCAUUGAUGGCGAGACGGACUACGCAGACAGCCCCGAGUGGCCAUUUGCUAGGGAUAUCAAGGGAAGCCAAGCGCACCCAUUUGCUAACCAGACAUUUGUCACCGACAGUGGCCCCUUUGGCACUGUUGAUGGCGACUACAACGACAACAAGGCUUAUGAGCAGUACAAAUGGCUGAAGAAGGACUUGGAGAGUGUUGACCGCUGCAAAACGCCCUGGGUUAUUGCCAUGAGCCACCGUCCGUUCUACAGCUCCGAGGUCUCCUCUUACCAGAAGAGCAUUCGUGCGGCUUUUGAGGACCUGAUGCUGCAGAAUGGCGUCGAUCUUUAUAUCUCUGGACACGUCCACUGGUAUGAGCGCCUUCUGCCUCUUGGAAGUAAUGGUACUAUUGACCAGGCCUCCAUCAUCAACAACAAUACCUACUGGACAAACCCGGGUGUUUCAAUGGCCCAUAUCAUCAACGGAGCCGCAGGCAACGUUGAGAGCCACAGCACUCUUGGCACAAGCCCUCUGCAGAGCUUCACCACUUACCUCGACCAGCAAAACUUCGGAUUUGGUGGAUUGACUGUUCACAACGCUACAGCUCUUUCAUGGAGCUAUAUCCAUGGCUCCGACGGCACGACUGGUGACAAACUCACUCUGUUGAAGCGAAAGUCUUUUAACGGUACUUGCGACUCAUCAGGCGGCUCUUCCUCAUCUACCAGGGUGGCUACGGCGACAGCUUACCCCGCGACAGAGACGGCGCCUGGUUUUCCCGCGAGAUGGAAUACUACCGUCGCUACCGGAGGAGCGCCGUCAACUCCGGCGACUGGUGUUGCUGCCGCCCCCACUGUGCCCGUUGGCAGCAGCGCAAGCCGCGCGCUGGUUCUACCGAGCUUGGCCGGCGUUGCCAUGGCUCUGCUCUCGUUUCUGUAG